GGAAAAUCCAAAAAAAGUGGCUGGGAGCAUGGAGUCUAGGUCUGACUGCUUAAAACACAAAUUUUGAGGAGCAGCAACAUGUAGAUUAUACCCGAGGUUCUCACCCAUGUUCAUGUCUCAUCUGAUCAUACUGAUCCCCAGUGCAAGAGGAGCGUCACCUUCCUGCAAAAACAAGCUGGGAAGAAAGGUGCGCGUGCCGCGUGCAGGCACAUUUGAUAGUGAACCACCUGUGGAGGAAUCGUCUCAGGGAAAUACAUUGCCACCAGAUGCUGCAUCUUCUAAGAACGCCAACCGGAAAUGCGAUGGGGCUUCCACGGAGAAACUGCAGAUGCUGCCUGCUGUGAAUUCUCUCAAGAGGAACCUUACGGCAUGUAGGCCAUUUUCCUUGUUAUGAUAUCAUCCUCAACGUUUAGUGAUUCGUUCUCGUACAACAGGUUACGAGAGAAUUCCCUAUUUGACACUGUCUUAAAAUCUGGUUCCUUAUUUGACACUUGAAAAAUAUUUCUUCCAUAUUCGACAUGUAAACUUCAUUUUCUUCCCUACAUGACACUCUAGUAUUUUUCGUGCACUAACGGUGUUAGCUUGGGACGUAAAAUGACGUUUUUGCCCCUGGUUCAAUAUGUGGC